AUGUCCGCCGCUGCCCGUCGAACCGCUGAUCGCGACAAGCUCAAGCAUGUCGUGACCGUCAUGCUCAACAAUGUCGAGACCAACUGGGAAACUCACAAUGUCAUGCUUGCCCUCACUAACUUUGGAGUCGAUACUUUCUCGGACCUCAUGAUAAUGGAACGCAAAGACAUUGAGUCUCUCGUGGUUCCAGUCGCUGGAACCGUUGCAGAACACCCUCUUGGAUUCAGUCAACGGCGACAACGCCUUGCUGCGAUUUGCUGCUUUCAUCAUUUCUGUCGAGAGCAAACCAAAUCCAUCAACGUCACGUCAAUCAGUUUCGCUAACUUCCAACGAUUCCGCAUCGUACGAUGGGAUCCAUCAGCGGAAGUGGUCCCGUGGCUCACGACACGAGCUCCUGUAUCCGCCGAAGCAGAGAUUGAACACUGGAACAAGUCGGAUACAUACCGGAGAACCCGCCACUCGAUUUCAUCCAAUGCGAAUGGAUGUACUAGACACCCUGUGACACGAUCAAGACUGCAGCUGGAAAAUCUCACGCAACACCUCAAGGACAGCGAAACUCGUCUCUUCUGGGAAAAGAUGUCCAAUCACUACAAGACAUCGAUGACGGCGACCAUUCGUUCCUCCAAGACCUUGACCUAUCUGACUACUGCAAAUUUAUCAGACGGAUCGUGGCGUGGAAGUCAGCAGAACUUCAUUCUAAACUUCAAAGAACAAGAUCGAAUCUACAACGAUACCUCUGUGCACAACAAGUACUCCGAUGGGCAACUCGUACAAUUCCUUGAACAAGCUGUCUCUAGCGUCCCAAACCUAUCCGGUGCACGAUGCGUGGAUAUGCUUGCACGUGCCGCAGCCAAGAAUGCGGACACAUACACUUUUGAGGAUUGCACUGCAAGCCUACUCUCACUUACAGCUAUCUAUGAUGCAGCUCACUCUGCAAACGUACAUGACGUCAUCGAGGAAUCCCGGAUCUUUGAAUCCGAUCACGACGAUAAGCCAGCCCUGGAAGUUUCGUCUCACACCUUGGAUGAGAAGAAGAACAAAGUAUCUUUGGACACGGACCUUUUGCAUCUUGCCACACAUGUUGUCCAAGACUCGACUACGGUUCCUGACCUUCUGUCAGGCAACAUUGCUAAUGUUCUAUCUCAACCUUCGUCUCGCAACGUUUCCUUUAGCAAUGAAGUACGAUACCAUGAGCUUGACGAAAUUGACCGAUCGGCAUACCAAUCAUACUCCCAUGAGAUGCACGCCGACGACGUUGAUGACGGAUUCAAAACUGAUAGUGAAGACGAUGCUGCAUCACAGCUAUCCUUGAAGCUUGACACCGACUACUGGGAUGAGUCUAUUCCAUUUGAUCCCAACGCAUUUGGAUCCCCGACCUUGGCUCCGUUCGACCCGAUGUCGCCCCAGUAA